UUAUUUGGACGGUAUAUUUAUUUAUUUAGUCAACUCAAAAUAUUUUUGUAGUAUUAUUAUUUUUUUUUUUAAAUUGAAAAAAACCUCCUUUUUUUAUUUGGUAAAGUGAAUUCAUUUUGUUAUAAUAAGAAAAAGGGAAAUAGUAAUAAUGGUCAGCAUCACAUAUUAAUACAUUAAAUUAAAUAAAGAAAGAAACUAGUCUUAUCCAAAGAGAGAAAUAGUCGAUAGCUGCUCUCUAGUCUCUCUUCUCAGUCUCCAUACUCUCUUCAAUGGCGGCCAACAAUGCCGCUUCCUCCUCUUCUUCUCUCUGCAACAAAAUUUCAAACCUCUCAAUCACUCAUUCUCUUCCACCAAUCCCCACUCGCAUAUCCACCCAUUAUCCCAAAAACCUCACCAUACCCCUUACCCUCAACACCCAAUUCCCCAACUUCGCUUCCAUCUCACUCCUCUCUUCCCCUCCACAUUUCCGCCCAUUCUCAUCUGUAUACGAUGGCUUGGAGCUCGAAGACGACACCCCAAACUCAGAUGAAGAAUACCCAGAACUAGAAUUUGCUCAAGUAGUAGUACACAAUGAAUUAAAAAGGCCCAAAGUACCAGGCUCUGGUGGCAGUGCUGGAAGACUUUAUGUGGGAAGUUUGCCUUAUUUUAUAAAUUCUACACAAUUGGCUGAGGUUUUUGCUGAGGCAGGCAAAGUUAUUUCUGUUGAGGUGAUACAUGAUAAAGUUACGGAUAAGAGCAGGGGAUUUGGGUUUGUUACAAUGGAGACCUUUGAGGAAGCUAAGGAGGCCAUUCGAAAGUUCGAUGGUUCUCAAGUUGCAGGCAGAACUAUUAAGGUAAAUUUCCCAGAAGUACCAAGAGGAGGAGAAAAGGAACUAAUGGGGCCAAAGAUACGGGAGCUCAACAGGAACUUUGUGGAUAGUCCUCACAAAAUUUAUGCAGGAAAUCUCGGUUGGGGUCUAACUUCUCAGGCUCUUAAAAGUGCUUUUGCUAACCAGCCAGGCGUGCUGAGCGCCAAAGUCAUUUACGAGAGGGACACCGGAAGAUCUCGGGGGUUCGGCUUUGUCACCUUCGAGACAGCUGAGGCUGCAGCAUCUGCUUUAGAUACCAUGAAUGGAGUGGAGGUAGAAGGACGACCGUUAAGAUUAAACAUAGCCACUGAUAGAGGAGCUGCUCAGGCCUCUCCUCCAUUACCAGAAGUUGUAAUAGAAGCUGUAGAUAAUGAUGAGCUGCUUGCUGGCAUUAACUCAUAGAGAAUUAUUCUGAAGUUAUUUCCUUUUGUCCCUUUUUGAUGAGUCCCCAAAUCCCAGCUCGUAACUACUAUUUACUAAUUGGUAUUUGCUAGCAAAUUUUCAGGUAAUAAAUAAAAGCUUAUUGUACUUGUUCUGUUCUUCUUGUCAGAUUUGUAAUUAAUUGAGAAAAAUUGAGAGUUUAUUAUUUCUAGAACUGGACUUGAUUAGCAAGACAAUACAAGAAGGAAGAGUAUAACUCUUAUGAACCCCCGAGCAAUUCAGAAAGGGAUUUCAUUGUAAUGGAGAAUCUUAUAUUAGUAUAAGGUAAAAAAAAACGGACUCAUGGCAUACCCCA